UUACUACAAUGUCCACAGACAGUACGUAUGGCGGCAAUGGGAACAGUGAUGCACAGCAGAAUCUUCAGUCCUUCUGGCCAAGAGUGAUGGAAGACAUUCGCAACUUGACAGUGAAAGAUUUCAGAGUGCAGGAGCUCCCACUGGCUCGGAUUAAGAAGAUAAUGAAAUUGGAUGAAGAUGUGAAGAGAAAUGAUAUUGCAAUGGCUAUCACAAAGUUUGACCAGUUUGAUUUUCUGAUUGAUAUUGUGCCAAGAGACGAGCUUAAACCUCCAAAACGCCAGGAGGAUGUUCGUCAAACGGUAACUUCAGCAGAGCCUAUCCAGUAUUACUUCACACUUGCUCAGCAGCCUGCGACAGUGCAGGUACAGGGGCAGCAGCAAGGUCAGCAGUCUGCCACUCCUGCAGCUACCAUCCAGCCCGGUCACAUAAUCAUCGCACAGCCACAGCAGGGACAGACUGCACCAGUAACAAUGCAAGUUGGUGAAGGCCAGCAGGUACAGAUUGUUCAGGCACAGGGGCAGACGCAGCAAGCUCAGAGUGGAUCGGGUCAGACUAUGCAGGUUAUGCAGCAGAUCAUUACCAAUACAGGAGAGAUCCAGCAGAUACCGGUUCAGCUGAAUGCUGGCCAGUUGCAGUAUAUACGGUUAACUCAGCCUGUCACAGGAGCUCAGGUGGUCCAAGGUCAGAUCCAGACCCUUACAGCUAAUGCCCAGCAGAUUGGCCAGGCAGAAGUGCAGCAGGGACAACAGCAGCAGUUUAGCCAGUUUAGUGAUGGACAGCUUUACCAGAUUCAGCAAGUGACAAUGCCUGCAGGACAGGACAUAACCCAGCCUAUGUUUAUCCAGUCCACUAAUCAGACAGCAGAUGGACAGACCACUCAGGUCACAGGAGAAUGAGUAGAUUGACCGGGACUGGAAAAAUGUGUAAAGGAGUUCUGCUGCUUCACUUCCUGUACAGUCGUGUUUAUAUUGAGCCUAUACUAGGCAGCACUGUUGUGCACUACAUAUACCCAUUUCAGUUGGGUUUAAACAGACUAAACAAAAAUGCUGUUGGUGUUUUUGAACAGAUCAUUGAUUUAAAAGUAUAAAGCCUCUUCCAGAUGUUAGAUGGUGUUUUGUUGGAAAACUCUAAAAAAAUGUUUUUACAUUCUUUUCUGUUUCCAAUUUGAUGUGCAGUAUGUAUAAAUCAGUAAUUCUAGUUUUGGCAUAGUGUAAGUAAAACACAACAUGCAUACUUAAGUUUGUAUAGUGUGUCUAAAGUACAAUUCCUUUGUAGUUAUGUAUGAUCUGCUUAUCUAAAAUUUUGAAAAGGCAGUCCCUGUUUAUAAACACAAACUUGUAUUAUAGGGCAUUUCUAGCAUGUAAAACUUUUUAAUACACCUAACCUUGUAAAGCUAGCCAUUUGACACCAUGGGCUAGCCAAGUUUUUAAAGAUCAUGAGAUGGAAUGUGUAUUUUAUUAACUGUGAGAUGCUGUAAAAUACUUCAGACCAGUUGCAUUAACAUGCAGUAAACUUUUUUGCACAACCUGAAA